ACGAACAAUUGCAAUGGAUAAGUGCUUUACUUCAGUUAUUUUAACAAUCACGUGACCUCAGAAGCAAGGAAUUUGUUUGCAUAACUUUGAUUUAGUCUAGGACCGUGAGAACUUCGGAAUGGAUUAUCGAAAAAAGUUUUUGUAACAAAAAUAAAUGGAUUUUCAAUCAACUUUAAAUCGCCAAUACCAGAAUACCAUAUUAAAUUCCUCUUACAUGUGUAAGACGUAAAUGUAUGUGACGCUUACACAGUAAUGACGUAAUUUACAACUCAGAAUGAAUGACUUUGAAGCCGACGUUAAGCCACUCUCUGUAAAUGCAGUGGUGGAAACAACACCUCUAGCAAUGGAAAAGACGGAGAAGAUGCCGUUUGAUAAUCCGGAUAAAUCAGAUGAGAAGCCAGAAGAGAGAGAGACGUGGAACAAGAAGAUAGAUUUCUUAUUGUCUGUGAUAGGAUUUGCUGUCGACUUGGCAAAUGUUUGGAGGUUUCCAUAUCUUUGUUAUAAAAAUGGCGGAGGAUGUUUUUUGAUACCAUAUGUAAUGAUGUUAGUAGCAGCUGGUAUACCGUUAUUUUAUAUGGAAUUGGCUUUAGGACAAUUCAAUAGGACAGGAGCUAUUACCUGUUGGGGAAAUCUGUGUCCGCUUUUUAAAGGUAUAGGUUGGGCUGUAGUUUUAAUUGCAUUUUAUACAGACUUUUUCUACAAUAUCAUCAUAGCAUGGGCCCUUCAUUUCUUGUUUAGUUCUUUCACAAGUGAACUUCCAUGGAGCUCAUGUGGACAUGAAUGGAAUACAGAACAUUGUUAUGACGGUACAUAUCGUGGUUCGUCACCUGACACAAAUUCAACCAAUGGGACUACGUCAUUUUCAAUAUUUGAACCAAUAACAGUUACUGCCAGCAGUAAUAUAAGUGCAAAUAUAACGACGAAUGUCACCCGAAUAUUCCGAACAUCACCUGCAGAAGAAUAUUUUAAUCGUGGUAUGUUAAAAUUACAUAAAAGUACCGGAAUUUUUGACGUUGGUGGAAUAAACUGGGAGAUCACUUUGUGUCUCCUUGGAGUUUAUGUAAUCUGUUACUUCAGUAUGUGGAAAGGAAUUCACACAUCGGGAAAGGUUGUAUGGUUUACAGCUUUGUUUCCGUAUGUGGUUUUGUUUAUUUUGAUGAUAAGAGGAAUGACACUUGAUGGCGCCUGGACAGGGAUUUAUUACUACCUCACCCCUAAUACCACAAAACUUCAGGAAUCAGAGGUAUGGGUAGAUGCCGCAACACAAGUGUUUUUCUCAUUGGGUCCAGGAUUUGGUGUUUUACUUGCAUUUGCCAGUUAUAAUGAACUUCAUAAUAAUGUUUAUAGAGAUGCUUUGAUCACAAGUGCAAUUAAUUGUUUGACUAGUUUUUUCUCGGGCUUUGUCAUCUUCAUGAUAUUAGGAUACAUGGCUGAAAAAGCAGGCGUCCAUAUUUCUAGUGUUGCCCAAGAAGGUCCAGGACUAGUAUUUAUAGUUUACCCGGAAGGAAUAGCAACAUUACCCGGUGCACCAUUUUGGGCCGUUAUAUUUUUCUUGAUGCUUCUCACUCUUGGGCUUGAUAGUUCCUUUGGAGGUUCAGAAGCAAUCAUUACAGCCUUAUCUGAUGAAUUUCCUAUAUUGAGGAAACAUAGAGAGUUGUUUGUCUUCUGUUUGUUUUCUCUUUAUUUUAUAGUUGGCUUGGCGUUCUGUACAGAGGGCGGAGUUCUUGUUGUGAACUUGAUGGAUAAUUUUGCCGCUGGAUAUUCUAUAUUGUUUGCAGUUUUCUUUGAAACUAUGGUCGUAUCUUGGGUCUACGGAGUAGGCCGAUUUUCUGGUGACAUUGAAACGAUGAUUGGACAUGGACCUGGACCUUACUGGAGAGUCUGUUGGAUGGUGGUUGCACCAGUUUUCCUCCUGGUGAUCAUGUUGUAUGGUGUAAUAUCAUUCAAACCAAUCACAUAUGCGGAUUAUGUAUAUCCCGAUGGAGCAAAUAUCAUUGGUUGGUUUGUGGCUGGUUCCUCUGUCAUAUGCAUUCCAUUGUUUGCCCUUAUAGGGUUUUGUCAAGCAAGCGGGUCUCCAGUAGAGAGGAUACGUUAUUUACUCAAACCUACAAAAGACAGAGACAAUUAUAUCACAGCAACUUACAAUGAUGUAAGAAUGAAUGGCGGAGCGGAUGUUGGAGGAGAAAGAGUAUAACUAGUCAUAAGGUUAUCAUCACAUGACUGCCAAUUUACAUAUUCAUGAAAUCAGUAAGGACAUCUCCAUUUGAUGGAUUUAGUGAAUGAGUUUAGAGUAUACUUACUGUUAGUAUUUGGUCAUUCAUGAUGUGACAGUAUGAUUAAAGUGAAAACGAGAAUUACAUUUUUGCAUUGUGGUAGUUCUGUCAUGUUAAAGUUUUUGGCAUAUGUAAUGUGUAAUGAGUAUUGUGAGAAACAAAGUUUGUAUCUGAAGUUACCAAAUGAUGUCGCUUUCAUUAUUCGGUUUCAAUACGACUGAAUAGUUCUUGAUAUCAUUUGUAGGUGUGUUUAUUUUUCUUUUUAGUUUGAAUAUAUCUGCCAUAACAUAUAUAUUGUAUAUCUCGUAUACGGCCUCAAUACAGUAUAAAAUAUUUAGAUCAUAUUCAGUUUUUGGAAAGUAGAUAUAUUAAAGAAAUGACAUAAAUUGUAUUGGCGAAACCGGUAAUCUAUUUGUUAAUGUAUUUAGGCUAAAAACAACCUUUAAGUCGUAAUUCAAUUCAGCUAAACAAUGGUUUUUACAUGUUGUGUAUAGUAAUUGACUGCACAAUAAAUUUUGUUGGUGUAGAAAACUUUUCCGAGCAAAUAAAUGUAUCAUAAGAGAUUCAACUGUAUUCAUAUAAUUUUUACACAAUUUCCAUCUUAAUUUUAUUUGUUUUAACUAGAAGAAAAAUAUUCAACUUUAUGACACUCACUGUAUAUAUGAUCAGAAUUUGAUGAAUUAUAAUGUGCAAUAAUUAUAAUUGUAAUUACUUAAUGUAUAAUAAUCUUGUUACAUAUUGAUGUUUUAUUAUUCAGAUUUGUUUUGUAAAAUAAGUAAUGUUGUGAAUUGUUCUUACGUGUAAUUGGCAAUACUGAACAGUGAAUACUGUAUUGGAUUUUUGUACAUUUACUUACUCGUGUACAGAGGUAUUCAACAUGUAAUUGAGCAGUGCAUAACGAUUUAUUUCUAUAUCAAAUCGUUAUUCACCAGAGCAAUAAGAUAUUUCUGUUUUCCUAUGGAUGUAUAUUUGUUGAAGAGUAUAACUAAUAGAUUUAAUGUCUUCUCUAAGCUACUUAAAAUAAUAACGGGUGUACUUAUUUCCUGACAUGUAGGUUCCAAUGUAUAUAUUGUCUACACUAAGAAUCUGUUUGUUUUCACAAAAUGUCAUAAAGUUCCAUGUAUCUCUCUUUUGUGGCUAAGACUUAUGGUAAAAUUAUU